UUUCGCCGACUGAUGCUCACCUCGUUGAGCUACAUUCUCGUCUGUAUCAAAGCAAAAUCCUGUUGUGUUGAUUUUCAGAGCGGAUAUAUACUCAAUCUUGCUGAAGAUGAGUUUCGGUGCCCCCGGCGGUGGAUCGGUGAACUACAAGCCAUCACCACCCGAGCGCGGUAGUUUUCCUCUUGAUCACGAAGGGGAAUGCAAGCACAUUAUUUCGGGAUAUCUGAAGUGUAUUAAAAUGAACAAAGGCACCAACGACGAGGCGUGUCGCAAAUUGGCUAAGGAAUACCUUGCCUGCCGAAUGGACAAGAACCUCAUGGCGCCGGAUAACUUCGAGAACCUCGGGUUAGUGUUUAAAGAUGGCGAAGGGAAAGGACAGCCUCCAGCUACACCCGCUACAGGCGCAGCAAAUCCAGAACAGAAGAGCUGAUAUGGGACUGCGAGACGUUGGAUGAUAUUGUAUGAUAUGGAAGAGUGGUGCUAGUCCGUGAUAUUCGGGUAGUGCUGGCAUUAUUCAAGGCGUUGCACAUAAGAAAAUGUAUUUGGUACCUAUUCAA